UUGAUACCUUCGCGAAAAGCAAACCUGAAACGUCACUCUUCCCUCCCUCGCUCCCUCCAGGCUCCAGCCCCUAACAAACAACGAAACCAACCCGCAAACAAGCAAACAUACAAAAAGCAAUUCUCACACAGUACACACACUGGGGCUUCCAUUUCUGUAUAAAAAAAAUAGUAGCACCAAAAUCCCACCAGUUUUCUUCCUCAAUUAAUGGUAACAAAAAUCAGAUAAACAGAUAUAUCCAGAUAGAAAUAAGGAACCCAAAAAAAAAAAAAAAAAGAAAAGCAAAAAAGCUCUUUCCGUUCCCUCUUCUUCUCUUUUAUGGCGGAUGCGUAUUGUUCGGACUGUAAGAAGAGUACGGAAGUGGUGUUCGACCAUUCGGCCGGGGACAUGGUUUGUUCGGAGUGCGGUUUGGUUUUGGAGUCCCACUCGAUCGAUGAGACUUCGGAGUGGAGAACUUUUGCGAAUGAGUCAGGGGACAAUGACCCGGUUCGAGUUGGCGGUCCCAGUAAUCCGUUACUGACCGACGGCGGAUUGUCCACCGUGAUCUCCAAGCCCAAUGGGACUACCAGUGAUUUCUUGACUUCUUCACUUGGGCGGUGGCAGAAUCGCGGCUCCAACCCUGACCGCUCUCUCAUAUUGGCCUUCAAAACCAUCGCCACCAUGUCUGAGAGGUUGGGCCUUGUUGCAACAAUUAAGGAUCGGGCUAAUGAGAUAUACAAGAAGGUAGAAGAUCAAAAGUCUAGUAGAGGGAGAAAUCAGGAUGCUAUACUGGCUGCCUGCCUGUAUAUUGCUUGUAGACAAGAGGAUAAGCCACGCACUGUAAAGGAAAUUUGCUCUGUUGCCAAUGGUGCAACAAAGAAGGAAAUUGGCCGAGCAAAAGAAUACAUUGUGAAACAGCUGGAGCUUGAGAUGGGUCAAUCUGUGGAAAUGGGAGCAAUACAUGCUGGGGAUUUCAUGAGACGGUUUGGUUCUUAUCUUGGGAUGACAAAUCAAGCAGUUAAGGCUGCCCAGGAAGCUGUACAGAAAUCAGAAGAAUUUGACAUAAGGAGGAGUCCCAUAUCUAUUGCUGCUGCAGUUAUAUACAUAGUCACGCAGCUUUCAGACAAUAAGAAGCCCCUUAAAGAUGUUUCAGUUGCUACUGGAGUUGCAGAAGGCACAAUCAGAAAUUCUUUCAAAGAUCUCCAUCCCCAUCUUCCAAAGAUAAUACCUAGUUGGUAUGCCGUGGAAGAGGAUCUUAAGAACCUCUGCAGCCCCUGAUUCGUCGACUAAGCAAUAGAAGAUGGACAUUUUCAAAAUUAGUUCUUAUACUUGUUUAUUUUACAUUUCUCAAUGUUAGUUGUAAUACUUGUUUAGGAUACAUAACUCUGAAAUGUUAACCUUUUGCAUUGACAGAAUAAUCUUAAAUUAUGCUUUGAUCGAAGGAAAGUUUCAAGAAAAUUGUAGCAAUAGAAAUCCAAGUUCUACAUGUUCUCCUUA